GUUAUUAUGUAUAUUCAACAUUUAGAGAAAGUAAAAAAAUGAAAUAUAUAUAGCAAUAUGAAAAUGAGGUAGAAUAUACUCAUUGGAUGGUUAUAGUAUUAGGGCUGUAAAUAAUGUCAAGAGUGGACGCUGCUAGGUCAAAGUUUUUUCAAUUACAAUGUAAAGUAAUCAGUGCAAAACUCACAAAUAAUGGUGGAAGCUGGCUUUCCGGGAAAGGAGACCAUUAUGCCGAACUUAUUGUUGAUGGUGAACCACCCAGAAAAACAGAAGUUUUAAGGAAAACACAUGAUCCGAAAUGGGAUGAAAUAUUUACUGUUUUGGUAACUCCAUACAGUGUACUUGAAUUUCGAGUUGUGAUGAAACAAUCCAUGCGGAGUGACCAUAUCGUUGGUUCAGCAACUAUAAAUCUGUACGAUCUACUGCACAAACAUAAUGGGAAAUUAACUCGUAUAGAGAUGAAACUACCCAUAAAAUACGUGGAUAAAGGUCGUGAGAGUUCUAGUGGUGACAUAAAGCUGUUACUUGAUAACAUGUGUAUAACGAUGUCAGAGUUUCCACCAAUGCAAGCUUCAGCAACUCACAAUGGUUCCUUGGAACCAGCAACAUCCUCUGCUUCAAUAUCCAGUGCUGGUAGUUCAGGUUCUGCCACAAAUGUCUCUACCCAAAGAAAUAGUCCGCAACCAAGUAGUGUAGCUGCUGCAGCAGCAACAACAUCAAUGGCAGCUAGACCAAACUUACCAGCCACAAGCCAAAGGACUACACCCCAAAGACCACCAGCUCCUGUUGUUAAUACACAAUCGAACACCGAAACUCCACAAAGACCACCUCCACCUACGGGACCACGCACUGGAUCCAAUGAGGAAGAUGGACCCUUACCUCCCGGAUGGGAAAGACGAGUGGAUCAAUACAAUCGAGUAUAUUAUGUAGAUCAUUCAACAAGGUCUACUCACUGGGAACGUCCAAAGCCAUUACCUGCUGGUUGGGAAAUGAGGGUGGAUGGACGUGGUCGAACUUACUAUGUGGAUCAUAAUACCCGCACGACAACGUGGCAACGACCAACAACAGAAAGUGUCAAUGCAUAUAAUCAAUGGCGUCAACAACAGGCAUCCAACCUUAACUCCGAGCACUCCUUGUAUCAACAGCGCUUUCUUAAUAUGAACACUGAAACGCCACAACCAGAUGCAGCUGACCCUCUUGGUCCACUUCCAACUGGAUGGGAAAAAAGAACUGACCAAUCAGGCCGUGUGUAUUUUGUCAAUCACAGUUCACGAACAACACAAUGGGAGGACCCUCGUGCAUCUGGUGGAACAGCUAAUCAACAGCCUUUACCACAUAACUGGGAGAUGCGAUAUACUGCUGACGGCAUUCCGUAUUUUGUUGACCAUAAUACCAGAACUACGUCUUUUAAUGAUCCCAGAACAGGAAGGCCAGCUAUGCCGGGCAGUGGUGCUGCUGUAGCGUACCAAAGAAGUUUUAGAUUUAAAUUGAUGCAGUUUAAACAGUUGUGUCAGGCUAAUUCACUACCUAGUCACGUCAAGAUCACAGUUUCUAGAACAAGCGUGUUUGAAGACUCCUUCCAACAGAUCAUGCGCAUUCCACCUCACGAUUUAAGGCGAAGAUUGUUCAUAAACUUUAAAGGAGAAGAGGGCCUCGAUUAUGGUGGUGUAGCCAGGGAAUGGUUUUUCAUGUUGUCGCGUGAAAUUAUGAAUCCGAUGUAUUGUUUGUUUGAGUACAGUGGACAAGGAUCUUACACUCUGCAGAUUAAUCCAGCCUCGUUUGUAAAUCCUGAUCAUUUGGAGUAUUUCCGAUUUAUUGGACGUGUUGUUGCCAUGGCAUUGUAUCAUGGUAAAUUUAUCGAUCGUGGUUUUAGUAUGCCAUUUUACAAAAGGAUGUUGGGUAAAAAAUUAACACUGACAGAUAUGGAAACAAUCGAUAAUGAGUUUUAUCAAUCUCUGUUGUGGAUUAAGGAAAACGAGAUCAAUGAAUGUGGUUUGGAUUUGUAUUUUGCUACAGACAUGGAAGUACUGGGAGAGGUCACACAACACGAGCUAAAAGAGGGUGGCAAGGAUAUUGAAGUUAACGAUGAAAAUAAAGACGAAUACAUAGAAAUGAUUGUAGAGUGGCGUUUUAAGCGUGGUGUGGUUGAACAGACCGAAGCAUUUUUGAAGGGCUUCAAUGAAGUUUUGCCAAUGUAUUGGCUGCAAAAUUUUGAUGAGCGAGAACUAGAGAUUCUACUGUGCGGCAUGCAGGAGUACGACAUAGAUGACUGGCAAAGAAACACGGUCUACAGAAAUUACGCCAAAACUUCAAAACAAGUCAUUUGGUUCUGGCAGGCAAUCAAAUCGUUUGAUAACGAGAGACGGGCUCGCCUACUCCAGUUUGUUACUGGUACAUGUAGGCUUCCUGGAGGGGGCUUCUCUGAAUUGAUAGGGAGCAACGGUCCACAGAAAUUCUGCAUUGAAAAAGUUGGUAAAGAAACGUGGCUACCAAGAAGUCAUACAUGCUUUAAUCGUCUCGAUUUACCACCAUAUAAAAACUAUGAACAGUUACUGGAAAAACUCACAUUUGCUAUAGAAGAAACAGAAGGUUUUGGACAGGAGUGAUGCAUUAUGAUAUAUUUUUUUUGGUUAUAUAAAAAACAAAUUAUCGAAGAAAAUAUGUCACCACUGAGAGUUUUGCCCAAACUAGCCUUGACAUUGCUCAACUAGCCUUGGCUUUGCUGAAUGUUUGUAAAUUUAUUGUACUCUCUUGUAUUUUGCGCAGACAGUAACUAGUGCCCAGUCUUUAAACUAACUGGUUUUUUAAGAGCAGAGCGAGCCCCUCUUUUUAUUUGGGGUUUGUUAACGAUGUGUCCUUCUACCUGUCAAACUGUUUUUGCGCUUUAUUUUGGGAUGGUGGGAGUAGGAAACAAAUUUUCGUUGAGUAUUCUUCUACAGUGACUAUCUAGACUAUCUAUAUUUCGGACAAGGUUAUAGUUCCCCUGCCAAAGUUUUUUUUUCUAUCAUCCUAUUUAAGCGUAAAUUAUAAAUUUCCAUUCUUGGAGAUUUUUUGCACUCCACCGUUGAGUAUUACGAAAAGCUUUCUUACAUCUGAAUUGCCGUCACAAGAACAUAUUUUAAUAUUUUGAAUUACUUAUUCUUCGUCCAUGUAUGUUAUAAUUAAUUUAGUUAUUUUUUUAAGAUUUGUUUUUGUUUAUGCCAUGAGGUGGUCGCUUUGAUAAACUUGUAAUACUGUAGAAUAAAUAUUCAAUACACCGUA